CACUUUUAUCUGUACAGUUUCUUUUUUUUUAACCCCUCAGCCUUCAUGAGCAUUUGCUCUUUCUUUUCUCAGAACAUUUUAUUUUUUUUAAUCGUUUUCUUUUGCGAUCAUUUUAUCAAAAAAAGAAACCCUUAAAAAAUGGAUCUGUCUACCUUUCAAUUGGUAGACGCUAUGAAUGAUAUGGACAUGCUAAGAAAUUUGUCUAACCAACAGGAGUCAUAUUCUCAUCAUAAUCAUCAUCAACGACAACAUCAACAACAGCAACAUCAACAGCAGCAACAGCAACAGCAGCAGCAAUCGUCUUCGGCAAAUGAUAACAAUGCUUAUGACCAACUUCAAGACGAUAUUGAUUUACUGUUUCAGCCGAAUCAUGCUGAUCAUAACAUAAGUACUUUUCUUCCCUUCAAAAGUAGUACGACGGACAACACACCCAACCAAAUCAGGGCCUCUCCUCAUUAUAGUAGGCCUGCUUCAGCUACACUUCAAAAUGAGUGCUAUGAUCAACAAGAGGAUAUUUUUACUCCUCUUAUAUCACCAGCUAUGACCCCUUCUUACAGCUAUCAAGUACAGCAAAACAAACAACUCGGCUUUUCUUCUAACAAUGACAUGAAUUUUUCUCCACUUUCAUCACCUGCUAUUCUUCCACAAGUCGAUCGCCAUCAAAAGCGUGCAACAUUUCAAAAUCAAAUGGUCGUGACUUCAUCACCUAACAACAACAACACGCUAGGUGAAAAAGGUGAAGAAUACCAGAAUAUGUCUGUGAAUGAAAUCUGUGAGCAAUAUGAGCAGUUAGAGCAAGCCAAGAUGAUCAUUACUCAAAAGCUUUCAGAGCUUCAGAAGACACAGUAUCAUGAUGAUAAUUAUCAGCGGGGUUUAAUGUCAUCCGAAUCUUGUCUAUCCAGAGAUUCUUCUGAAAAUGAAGCACUCGUACAAAAAUGUGCUACUCCACCAGAACCUAUGGCAAUGGGCCACCAUAUGUCAAAGCCAAAUUCUCCUUUGCAAUCACCUCAUAUGGAACCAGCAACACCUGCUUCCUUAAUGAACAUGAAAGUAAACCAUGCAACGCCAUCCAAACUUCAAUUUUCAAGUGGAAGAAUGCAACAAUUCUAUCCAAACACAUCUCAAUCACUAGAAACCUCGAUAGCUUCUUCCAUGACUUAUAGUCCUGCCAUUGUCUCUACGUCCAGUACUGUUUUUCAACCCACGAUUUCUAACGCGAUGCAUGAAAACAACAUAAUCAUGUCUCCCAUGCUUACACCCACUGCUAUGGUUCCUAUCACUACUAGCCAGCCUACCACGACUGCUGCUGCUGCUGCUGCUCCUCCAUCCCCUCUUGCUCUUCACCCUCGCAGACCUUCUUCUCGUCCUUUAAAAUCCGAAAAAUCCAUACGCCACAAGAAACAAAGACGAGAAUCCAUUGAACCCAAGAUUGUGAACGGCAUUCAUGCUUCUCCUCGUGCAUUAAAGCCUCUCUUGAUCAGUCCUACAUUAAAUCCGGGACUUAAACCUUUACCCAGCAGUAUGGUCAGUGCUACAAAGGCCAACACGGUCCAUUCAGUAGAAGAUGCAGAACACAUCCUGGCUACUCGAUCUAAUUAUCAAAAUUUGAUGGAAGGUAAAGGUGCAGCUCUCGGUAUCGCGUUUUCUACCCAGAUCAAAAGUGGGCUUGAGGUCAGAAGAACAGCACAUAAGGCUGCAGAACAAAAGCGUCGAGACUCACUUAAGGAAUGGUUUGAUCGUCUUCGUCGUGAAGUGGAAGAUGGAUAUGUGAAGCGUCAAAAGUCAUUGAUGUCCCAGAUUAUCAAGGAACAAGAAUUAGAAAAGAGCAUCACCAAAAAGGCUGGUACAGAGGAAGAAGCUACAGAAGAAGGAGGGAAUGAAGAGACAACGGCAACCAUGAAACCCCUCUCUAAAGUGUUGUUACUUCAGUAUGCUUAUGAAUAUAUCGCUUCUUUGAAGACAAGCUUAGAAGAGAAAGAUGCUAUCAUUGAAAGCUUGACAAGCGGAAGUUCAUUGAAGCGCAAACAAGAUGACGAAGAAGAACUAGAAGAGAGCAAGCAAGGUUCUAGUAAUGAAAGUGUUGAUGAAAUGAAGACAAUACCAGAAGAAUAAUUUCUUGAGCAUGCAUGAAUUAUGCUAAAUAACAAACUAUGCUCCUGCCCAUUCCUUUUCUUAAUUUAUGCCCUUUUUUUUAUGCCGCUUUUUAUAUAGAAUGACAUUCACUUUUUUUAUUGUUAUUGUUAUUAUUACUUCAUAUUUGCACUCUACAUUUUACAUCUAUAUCUUAUUUGCCAUACAUACCUACUUGUCAAUAAAAAAAAAAUUAGC